UAGCCUAAUAACUACUGCCUGUCCAGCGCAGUGGUAUGGUGAUGUCCUCCAACAUACAGUAACAAAUGGGAAUGAGAAAUAGGUAUUUCUGCAUGUUUUCUCUUCUAUAAACAGUUUGGCAUCGUGUGCGCAUUCAAUAGUAUUUUCUCAGUCAAACCUCUUUGUAACGUUAUUGCACAGAUGACUUAUUUUGUUGUCUGCAUUUCUUGAUAACUUUUUUGUAACUCAAUCAUGUAAUUAUCCAGGUUAUAAUGAGAAUGUCUCGUAAUUUAUGUAAACUGUUCAGGAGCUAUUUUAGGGAACGCGGAAAUCAUGUCAAAAUAUUCUUUCCACCACAAAUCGAUACAUUUAUUUAUUUGUUUAUUUUUGGUCUAUAAAUCAAACGUAGGCGACUGUUAUGAAGAAAUGUACUGAAAUAAAUGCUGAAUCAGAAAGCAAAGCAAAUCUUAAUGCUGCACCUCCAAGUUAACCAAAAGAGGCUAUUUGUCAGAGGCAGCGGUGUCGGAGUAGUCCGAUCGGUCGUCUCCUGUCACCAGCUGAGUUCUAGUAAAGAGGUGUCUCGAUUGGUAAAAAGGUUCUGUGAAUGAAAACAUGUCUCUUCGCUCCUCCAGACACAAAUAUGGCAUCUGAAGCUUCCUCCCGUCACGGACUGCGUCACUGGAAGAGCGCGUCGGAGCAAGAUGUGGAAGGAGGUGAUGAGCAGUGUCCCGUGGUUAGGGGGCGUCCUUCUCAAGAGAAACGGCUGCGCGCUUUCUAUUCGCUGAAACUAUAGGUGUGUCAGGGGGUGUGCGUCUUUUCUGUCAGUCAUGAGGUCACUUCCUGCGCGUGUGAGCUCAUGGCUCUGCUUUGUAUGGACCUGGUGGGGGAUUUUUGACAGCAGCAGCGUUGUUGAGGAAUCAAACAAGGACGUAGUCGGGGACUAUUUUGCCCUCCUCGCUCCUUUGUCGUUAUUGCACCGACAGCUUCUCAACCCAGCCCGAUUUUUGAGGAUAUGACGAUUUCGGAUUUGGCUAGUUAUUGUGAGUCUGAUGAGUGAGAAUACCGGCAGCCCGCUCCUCCACCACGAUGGUCGACAUGGAGAGCCACUACCACCCCCCUUCCCCCCUGGAGGACUCAGUGCUGGGCAGUCCCCUGUGCGGUAAUGACGACUUCAUGGGAGGGAUGGAGGAGCUACAGGACAUCUCCCAGACCAUUGAUAAUGAUGCGCUCAGUUCCUUUGAUUUACCAGAAUGCCAGUCCUCCAGCAAUGGCUCUGAAGGUUCCACUGUCCUAGAUGCCCUGACACCAGCGUCCAGCCCCUCAUCAGUUGUGUAUGGGAUGGCAGCGGGCCAGGAGGAGUUCUCAUCUUCCUCCUCAUCCCUCAGUCUGGAGUGUCGAGUGUGUGCUGACCGUGCCUCAGGCUACCACUAUGGGGUCCAUGCCUGUGAGGGCUGCAAGGGUUUUUUUCGGCGUACCAUCCGUCUGAAGCUGGAAUAUGACAAAUGCGAGCGACACUGCAAGAUCCAAAAGAAAAAUCGCAACAAGUGCCAAUACUGCCGCUUCCAGAAGUGCCUGUUGGUGGGAAUGUCCCACAACGCGAUCCGUUUUGGUCGGAUGCCCCAGUCAGAGAAGCUAAAGCUGAAGGCUGAGAUGGUCACAGGGGACAGGGAGGUGGAAGACCCCCAGCUAGCUGACCAGAAGACACUGGCCAGACAUAUUUAUGAGGCCUACCUCAAGAAUUUCAACAUGAACAAGGCCAAGGCUCGGACUGUUCUCACCGGCAAGACCAGCACCCCUCCUUUCGUCAUCCAUGACAUGGAGACCCUCCAACUGGCAGAGCAGACGCUGGUGGCCAAGAUGGUCAGCUCCGAGGGGGCGUUGAAGGGCAGGGAGGCAGAAGUUCGGAUUUUCCACUGUUGCCAGUGCACAUCAGUGGAAACUGUCACCGAGCUCACUGAGUUUGCAAAGUCCGUCCCUGGAUUCUCAAGCCUGGACCUCAACGAUCAGGUGACUCUUUUGAAAUACGGAGUGCACGAGGCCCUCUUUGCCAUGCUUGCCUCCAGUAUGAAUAAGGACGGGCUUCUUGUAGCAUACGGCUCAGGCUUCAUCACCCGAGAAUUCCUCAAGAGCCUGCGGCGGCCGUUCAGUGACAUGAUGGAGCCAAAGUUCCAGUUUGCCAUGAAAUUUAACGCCCUUGAGUUGGACGACAGUGACAUGGCUCUCUUUGUGGCCAUUAUCAUCUGCUGUGGAGACCGACCAGGCCUGGUGAAUGUGGCACACAUUGAGCAAAUGCAGGAGAACAUUGUGCAGGUCCUACACCUCCAUCUGCUGGCCAAUCACCCUGACAACAUAUUCCUCUUCCCCAAGCUGCUUCAGAAACUGGCUGACCUCCGGCAGCUAGUCACCGAGCACGCACAGCUGGUGCAGGAAAUCAAAAAGACAGAGGACACCUCACUGCACCCACUCCUGCAGGAGAUCUAUAGAGACAUGUACUGAGAAUUGUGGAGGAAUAACCGGGAGAGAUACACUAUCAAUUAGCUCUUUUUUUUCAUAGAUAGAAGAAGAGCUCUCUAGGAUUGAACCACUUAAACACCCCCUAAUCUAUGAGCUCUGGCUUCUGGUCAGUGAGGUCAAGAGAUCCUGUUUAAGCCCAAGCAAAAAACUGAUGAUUCUCUUGGUUUGACAAAGCGCUCUCUAGUCCAGUGUGUGGACCUUCCCACACAAAAAAGUAUUGUAUGCAAAGAUGUGAAGUACCAUUGAUUGAGCCCCUUUGUAGGCACCAGUAUGUGCAAUCUCUGACCAAGCCUUUGGAUAAAAACUCUUAAUGCUCAUUUGAAAUCUUUGAGGUGACCUCCUUGGUUAUCCCUAGUCUGACCAUUGAACAAGACCUAAAAGGAGGAAGGAAGGUGAUGAUAGUUGCCACUCCAGCGGUAUAUUUUUAAGUAGAUUUUUAUACUGGUGUCAAAGAGAAAAGGGCCAUAUACCUUCACGGUUACCAACACCCAAAUGAUUUUUGUAGCAGAAGCAAUGUUAAGACAGUAAUGAUGCAGUUUUCAAGCAAGGCAGCUUGUCCCCAGUUGGCUAUCAAGAAAGGGUGGUGAUGGUUAUUCAUGGAGCAGCCCUCCAGCAGGUUUCUUCCCAUUUUUAUACCCACAGAUAGGACUGUGGUGUUACUAGGCUUCUUAACAUAAUCAUUUACUUGUACUGUGAGUCUUCUAAGCCAUACUAUGUUUGUAAUGAUACCGGAAAUGAGUAAUAUCUUUCAUAUUCUUUUAUCUUCUGAACAAGAUAGCGUCAGACUUGGUACAGAUUAUCAUUAUGGUAUUACUCAACUUGUUCACAAACUGUACUAGCUAUAGUAUUUUUACAGUUCAGAAUAAGCCGAAUCUUUAAGUAUAAUAAGAUAGAAGUUCUGACUACAAUGACCACUGGCACAGUUUCACUGCAUAUAUGCACCAUGAUGCAGAUCUAACGCAAACACACACCUGUGAUUUGUUAAUACUAUAACUCUCUUGAAUGCCUUUUUCACCAAACACAUGCACGGACGUUUAUUCUGUGCCCUGGUGUACCAGGGAUAACACCAAGAUAAAUAAUUUGAUCUGUUUCUUAAUUUCUCAUUCAGUGCAGCCUUGUUCCUCAAAAUGACUUCUCGUUAUUUUCUUUUCUGUCAAUUACUCAUGUUGUGUUUCUCCUGUCAGGCUUUUUUGCCUUCUGUUGUAGUUCACUGACUAUGUUUGGGCUGCAUAACACAUGUAGUUGGAUUAAGAUUCAGGGACAAUGUGCACACUUUUAAGUUGUGGCAAUAACUUCACAGCCUCAUAAAUUAAACCACUACUUUGACUAUUGUCAUCAUCAGAAGCAUUUUGGGAGAAAAAGAUUCUAUUUUGAAGACAAAGAAAACACACAAGCAUGCAGCCAUCUGUACUUAUUUAAUUUAGUAAGAUCAGGCCAGUCGGGCAUUUUAAAUGGCAAAAAGAGGAGUUUGUAGAUGUUUUUCUCAGUUAGACAAGUAUCUGGUUAUCGAUGAAGACUAAAUACACUUCCUUGUGGUAUCAUUCAUCUGUAAUGAUUACUGUGCCUGUGAAAAUGCCACUCCUGUACUUAGUUGUCAUACUGCCUUUAGUAGAAAAUGAACUUGCAACACAGAAAAUAAGGGAGUGUCAAUAAGGAAAUGGGGAAAAUGUGCAUGUUUCAUAGUUUGGAUAAUAUAUAUGUAAUCCCCAACUUCUUAUCCAGCUAACCUCCUAAAAUCAUCAUGAAUCGGAUUCACUCACCAGAAACAGACCUUGUGUUUGUAAUUAUAUCACAGUGUAUAAACAGUGGCUCAAUGGUUAGCACUUCCGCUUCACAGCAAAAAGGUUCUGGGUUCAAGCCAUGUGGCCAAGUGGGGCCUUUUCUUUCUGGAGUUUGCAUGUUCUCCCUGUGCCUGCCUGGGUGUUCUCUGGCUUCCUCCCACAGUCCAAAGACAUGCAGGUUAGAGUUACUGGUGACUCUAAAUUGACCAUACUGUAUGUGCGAUUGUCAGCUCUAGCCCCCGACAAUUCUCUACAGGUGGAAUAGCUGAUGGAUGUAUAAACAGUGAACUGUACAUAGCUGAAAUUAUCACACCGACUGCUCGCCCCCAAUUUUUUUAUUUUUUUUUUUUUGAGGUAUACAAGGUACUAAUGAUCGACUUUUGUGUUCCUUUGUUUAGUAAAUACUUUUAAAUGAAAUUUACAUUCAGUGUAGUAACUGUAUGUUUUUGCUUAAAUACCACAUAAUUGUGUUUUAAUGAACUUGGAUCAUAUUUUUAUACUAAAGUAUAUAUGGAUCACUAAAUCAGAGAGUUGUUUAUUUGAAAUGGCACAACUGGAGAGUGCAAUGUAAAUAGAUUUAAGGGUAACAGGGCAACUGGUAAUAUGAAUAUCCACAGAUCUGAAUCCCACUGGGGACAUUCCUUUUGUUAAUUGCUAUUUUUACUUACAGAACCAUUUAGGCUGCAAUAUGCAUUUGGUCAAUUUCAACUAUACUUUAUUUGUUCAAGUCAGCUCUUAUAAUUUAAACUGAAUGCAUUUGUGGGCUGUGCUGGAUGGAUAGUUGAUCAAAACUUGACCUUUGUGACCUUUGAAUACAAUGAAAAACUACAUUUAUCAUUUGAAAGGUCAAACUACAGCUCUGCACUGGUAUCCUCAUUUUAAACCCUGUUCUCAGGUUGCACAUUAAAAAGCACAAAUGGAGUAAUGAAUAUAUGCACAGAAUUUCAUCAUUAUUAUCAGAAAUACUCCGCGGUUACCUCCUCAUGAACAAAUCAACAUGUAUUUUUUUGUUCACACGUAUGUUUUUGGUCAGAUAGAGAAACUGAAUGCACUCAUUUGCCAUCACAUCACAUGCUAUUACAGUGAAGAAGAUGCAGUGCAGCAGCAACGCAAUAUACAGUAUAUUGUUUUAUAUUCCUUGUUAGGUCCUGCUUUUCACCUGUCUCGUCUCUCCUCACUCACUCACUGCUGUAUUGUACUAAUUCACCAAACAUUUUUAAUGCCACAUGUAGAUUACUGACCUCCAGGCUGCCUCAUACUUAUCAUCUUCUUAUAGAAACUCAGUCCCACAUUCAACACAGCAUGGUUUCCUCUUGAAAAUUCCUAGGACGUGGGAGUUCCCAGGUAUGCUCCGGAAUUAACCACAAGCAAUUUGUGCCUUAAUGUGUGCCUGCAUGCCAUAAAACACUAAAGAUUCAGACAAAUACUUGACUUGUGCACACACAUACUUUUAGAAUUGUAACCUGUUGGUGUCAUCAGCUAGAUGUAGCUGGCCACACAGAUGGGAAAUGAUGUCAGAGAAGAUUCAGGAAUAUAUCCUAUGUAAACUACAGCAAGGGAGGGGUUCAAAAGUGCUACUGAGGCCUCAUUUGACCGUAUAGAACAGUAACAAUGAAGGAUUUGCUUUGAAGGAAGGACGGGCUUUUAAACGGUAAACACAAAAUGAAACAUUAGAGCCAGGCCCUGGAGGAGAACUUGUGUAAAUCUGUGAUGUCUACUUACCCUUAGGAAUGUCUUUUUGUGCUGAAUUGACAAGUGAUUUUUUAACUUGUAUCAGGCAAACCUAGUCUUCCUUUGUUGAACUAGCUCAGGACAGAAACGUACUGUUCUUCUGUUUCUCUUGAUCUGAUUCUCUUAUCUCUGGAAUAAGUGUAUAGUGCUCUGCCUUACAGAAACAACACAAAUAAAUAAUAAUAAUGAAUAUUACCUUUAAUUUUAUUUUCCAAAACUGACAUAAAAAAAUGUUACCAGGAGGCAGCAGUCAUAGAAAUCAGAUAUUUGUUUGUUUAAUUUCCCUGGGAUUGAUGGAGUUUGUUUUUGUGGCUAUAGUGUCAUGCAAAGAGACAACAGAGGCUGACUUUUGAUGUGCUGGUAACGUGAACCGUGGCUUGGUAGCAAUACUGUAAAUGUUUGAUGAAUGUCUAUCUAGUCAUUUAAACAGUGAAAUAAGU